UAUUCCACAGCGAUAUGUAAGCAAAAGUUUCUCUUAUUCAGAUACGCCGAGAGAAGCGCAGAAGACGUUCCGAAUCUGUGGGACUACAAUGUCUUAUUGUACCACGUGAAACGAGCCCGAGAGAGAAUACAAGAAUUCGACCGAUUACGGAGAGCAAGGCGUCUUCUUGAUGCCAUUUCGCUGGUGAACGACUUGCUCGCCGACGAUUCCGAGAUAGAAAUACUGACGCUCGCCGGCAUAAUAGUGAGGAGAUUAAAUAAGUUGGGUGUGACGAACGUAAGUGCAGAUAGAGAAGAUGAACGUUGGUACAGAAACGCGAGAUUAUCUGCCUCAAGGCUCACGCACGCCGGUAUUUAUCACUGCUGCACAUUUUGCUCCAGCGGUGGGAGGAAGGAAGUGACCUGUGGUUGCAGGGGCACUAUGCCUGGUGGAUAUAGAGGUUGCGGCCAUGGACACGUCGGACAUCCGGGUGUUAACCACUGGUCUUGCUGCGGAUCCAUAUUGCGUAACGGACGUUGCUUAAUCAUGCGAAAAGCCAUACAUCAACUUACGCUUAAAACUAGAACUGAUAAAAAUAGUGAUUGCUGAAGUUUAUUAUCGAAGAAGCUUAUCGAAGCCCAUGAAAUGUCCUGAAAUUACACUCAUAUCCUGUGAUAAUUGAUGCCAACUAAAAAUUAAUAAUUCUAAAGAGGCCAAGAGGCGUCUCACCGAGUAACGAUGAUUGAUAUGUAUAUGAACCGAUUUAAGGGAAUGUCUUGUUGGGGAAAAAGGAGAAUGGUAAUGAAAAUUGCAUGUUUAUAUUCAUGAUACAUCAAUAUGAACUAAUUAUAAAUACGUAAAAAUACUUAAAACUAAGCCUAGGCAUACAAAAUACAUCCUAAGUUACAUGGAAUGUAUGAUGUACCUCAAAUGACAGUUACAUCGUAACAUUUAUUCCUUUUUCUAAGUUUACCCGCUCGUUGCUUUCAUAUUGAUCACAUGACAAUUGCGUACUUUAG